UACUGUAUCAGAAUGGGGCCACAGCAGGGGCCAAAGGCUUCUUCACACUGCAAGUCAGUAUAGACGAGGUCAGCUCCAGGCUCAGUGCAGACCCAUGCCCCUGCCAGCCCUGGGCACUCAGAGGAUCAUCCAGGGCAACGGCACCACCGUGGGCACGGUCAUCUCCCUGCAGUGCCCGGCCAAACACAAGCUGGUUGGAAGUGAGUUGAUGUGUGUCAUGGGACAAAACAGCACCCACUGGGUUGGAGAGAACUACUGCAAACCUAUGUCUCCCUAUGAGGACUAUGGUUUCCGUGUGGCUGUGCUGGCGUCCAUCGUGAGCUCGGCCAUCAUCUUCUUCAUGUCCGUGGCCUUCAUCACCUGCUGUUUGCUCGACUGUAUCAAAGAAGACAAAAGGAAAAAGGAUGAAAGGGACUCAGACAUGUUUCAGUGGGAGGAGCAGCCCCAAUAUCAUGAGGACCACAGGUCUCGCUACAACCAUAAAGGCAGGAACAACAACAACAACAACACCCAGGAGAAGGUGAUUUCCCUGUGGGACACCGGUACCCCAGCCGUGUGUGACAACAUGCAAGCCUGCAGAUGUCAUCAGCAGUAUGCCUAUGACCCCGCCUGCACAUAUGGCCCCACGCCUCCACGUUCCUCCCUCCCCGGCUACGACUACAACCAGCCUCUCUUACCCCGAAACCAAGAAUCGGUGCAGAUCUCCGCUCCACCUGACUACAACGGACCUCCUCAGUCCUCCAUUCAAACUACAAACGCAGGGCGAGGCCAGUUCUCUGGUGUGGUCUGGCAACAUGGAGGACAGCAGAGCAGGUUGUCAGGAGAGCAGCCAUCAACCACAGACGAGUCCAACACCAGGAAUAUAAACCCUGCCAAAGAAUUUUCUAUUCGGAUUAUAUCAGUGUGAGGACGUUACACAGGAACAAGAACUUGUUUACUGGCCAAAUAUGUUUGUGAUGAGGACUACGGGAAGUAAUAACUGAACACUCCUGGUCUUGUUGAAAUUAUAAUGUCUGCAGUAUGGAAGCUCUGUGGGAAUACUGAUCUGACAGACUUACUGUAUGUGCCUUUUGCAAACUGUAAUGGCACACUGCCCUCUGUCUGAAAAGGGGAGCCAUUACACUUUCAGGACACCAGCCUUGUUGAAUGACUGUAAUUAAAAAGGUCCAUGGACUUCUAUGCCCUCAGUUGAGCUUUUCAGAAACCUGUCAUAGUGUUAUGUUUUUGUUAAAGUUAACAGUUUUUUAUUUUUUAACUGCAAAUUGUAGGCAGCUGAGGAUGAGAAACUCGUCUCUGGAAAGUCCACUUUUGUUGGGUGAGGAUGAGAGCAGCUGGAAACCACUGGCCAGAAUGUAAAUACUGUAUCAUUUUCAAAGAAUGUAAAUAAAUUAAAGACUUAUACUGAUAACAAGUGAGUUUGUAUUGCAAUGGAAGGAGUACAAAGGUGUAAAUUUCCCUCUGAGGGACCAAAGCAAAUCAUGAAAAGGCAGCAAACAAGAACUUCAAGACUUGAAGACUUAUUAUUAUCAUUCUUAUCGUCACACUGUUAAAAUAAUCGUCAUUUUUUGUCAAAAUUGGGUUGUUUUUUUUGCCUAAAUAAUCUCAUGAUGCUGGCCACCUAUGGUUAAAUCACCUCCAUCCUCAGUUGAUCAGAUCAUGAUUUUACCCCUUUAAGAUAAUGGCCUAUGUCAAGUGUGUGACUUAAGCGGAUUUAUUAUUUCAUUCUUCAUAGUAUUUGACUUUAUAUGCCUCUCACACGACUUUAUCACCUCUUUUAUGGAGUUUAAAUACUGGCCAAACGAGAACUUUGAAGGCCGAAGGGGAGAAGGAUUCCAUGUGAACAGCAGUUAAACAUGCCUU